UCCGGCAGCAAACCGAGGUUAAACUCAGAGCUCAUAAGACGUGGUCGGAGAGCGGCCAAUUUCGUGCUGAAGGGGAUUCCUUUUAUGAGGAUUUGCUAGGUGCAAAUAGGCUUCAAACUUUUCACGUUGGGAGUGUGGUCGUUAGAAAUGGAUUACAGAGAUGAGAGGAUCUAUGUGUGUGUUGCCAUUGCUUUAAGCUGUCUUAUUCAAGUGGUGACCAGCUGUGACAUUCAGACCGUGCUGACCGCCCUAGAGGAAUGUCGGCGUGAGAGGGAGGAGCUUAACAGUAUCGCUACCCGGCACGACAGCAACCAUACACAUAUAUGCUCUGUGUUCGAGGCGUUCUCGCAGUGCAUGGACCCGAGGGUCGGGGAGUGUCAAGGGGAAUCAACGGAAGCAUAUCGGAGACAGAAAGAGUAUUACACAGGACAGGGAUUCAACUGCACAGUGCUAGCAGCAGCGCCGUCCCUCCAUGUGUCUCCCCUGAUGCUGUCCUUGCUGUUACUGACUGCAUCAGUCUACAGCUUCUUGUGACCAGCUCUUCCCUAACAGACGCAGUAACAGAUACACAACAGAUAUACCAAGAGAUGCAGUAACAGAUGCAGUAACAGAUACACCAACAGAUGCCGUAAUAGAUACACAAAGCUAUGCCGUAACAGAAGCAGUAACAGAUACACCAACAGAUGAUUAACAGAUACACCAACAGAUGCCGUAUCAGAUACACAAAGCUAUGCUGUAACAGAAGCAGUAACAGACACACCAACAGAAGAUUAACAGAUGCAGUAACAGAUUCACCAACAGAUGAUUAACAGAUGCAGUAACAGAUACACCAACAGAUGCCGUAACAGAUGCACGAACAGAUGCAGUAGUAGAUGCAGUAACAGAUACACCAACAGAAGAUUAACAGAAGCAGUAACAGAUACACCAACAGCAGAUUAACAGAUACCAUAACAGAUGCACCAACAGAUGCCGUAACAGAAGCAGUAACAGAUACACCAACAGAUGAUUAACAGAUGCAGUAACAGAUACACCAACAGAUGCCGUAACAGAAGCAGUAACAGAUACACCAACAAAUGAUUAACAGAUGCAGUAACAGAUACACCAACAUGAUUAACAGAUGCAGUAACAGAUGCAGUACAGAUACACCAACAGAUGCCAUAACAGAUGCACCAACAGAUGCAAUAACACAGAUAUUAUGCAUCAACAGAUGGAUGCUAAGCAGACUUAGUAAAACAAACCAACAAAGACUCAAGGGACAAAAGGACUCUCACAAGAAGCAUGGAGUGACCUUCAAGGGGCAAUGGGACCCUCACAAGAAACAUGGAGUGACCUUCAAGGGACAAUAGGACUCUCACAAGAUACAGGGAGUGACCUUCAAAGGACAAAAGGACUCUCACAAGAUACAUAGAGUGACCUUCAAGGGACAAUAGGACUCUCACAAGAUACAGGCAGUGACCUUCAAGGGACAAUGGGACUCUCACAAGAUACAUAGAGUGACCUUCAAGGGACAAUAGGACUCUCACAAGAUACAGGGAGCGGCCUUCAAGUGACAAUGGGACUCUCACAAGAUACAGGGAGCGGCCUUCAAGUGACAAUGGGACUCUCACAAGAUACAUAGAGUGACCUUCAAGGGACAAUAGGACUCUCACAAGAUACAGGGACUGACCUUCAAGGGACAAUGGGACUCUCACAAGAUACAUAGAGUGACCUUCAAGGACAAAGAGACUCUCACAAGAUACAUAGAGUGACCUUCAAGGACAAAGAGACUCUCACAAGAUACAGGCAGUGACCUUCAAGGGACAAUGGGACUCUCACAAGAUACAUAGAGUGACCUUCAAGGGACAAUGGGACUCUCACAAGAUACAUAGAGUGACCUUCAAGGACAAAGAGACUCUCACAAGAUACAUAGAGUGACCUUCAAGGACAAAGAGA